GGCGGAUGGUGCCUGUUGAUCCACCGCGCAGUCAGCUCGAUGUUACAUGUGUACAUCUGUAGGUGUAACGUCAUUGGUAGUUGCGCAGAACUUCAGCGAGCCUCAAGGCACCAAGGUAGGUUUGCGCUCAUUCACGCGAUCGGUUCACUUCGAGUUUUCUGCUUCAGGCGUCGAGUCAAUCCCCAGCUCCUGCGACUUCGCGUCCAUCUAGGAAGUCAACAUGAGACUCAUCAUUCGAGACGACAAAGCGACUGCUUCACAAUACAUAGCCGACUACAUCAUCAGCCGAAUCAAGUCCUUCGCGCCAACUCCGGAGAAGCCGUUCGUUCUGGGCCUGCCAACAGGUUCCUCCCCCGAAGGCAUCUACAAGAACCUGGUUGCAGCGCACAAGAAUGGCGAUACCUCGUUCAAGAACGUCGUCACGUUCAACAUGGACGAGUACGUCGGCAUUGCGCGAGAGCAUCCAGAGAGCUACCACUCCUUCAUGUACAAGCACUUCUUUAGCCAUGUCGACGUAGAUCCCGCGAACAUCAACAUAUUAAACGGCAACGCACCGGACCUGGAAGAAGAAUGCAUAGCAUACGAGGAGAAGAUCAAGCGUGCGGGCGGCAUUGAACUCUUCUUGGGUGGUAUUGGCCCGGACGGACAUAUUGCAUUCAACGAGCCUGGCUCGAGCUUGCGCAGCAGGACGCGAGUGAAGACGUUGGCCUAUGACACGAUCAUUGCGAACUCGAGAUUCUUCGGUAACGACCUCAACAAAGUGCCUAAGAUGGCGCUAACGGUUGGCGUGCAGACGGUCAUGGACGCACGAGAGGUGUUAAUCAUCAUUACUGGCGCGCACAAGGCACUAGCGUUGCAGAAAUGUAUCGAAGGGGGCAUCUCGCAUAUGUGGACUUUGUCGGCCUUACAGAUGCAUCCGCAUGCCAUGAUCGUGGUCGACGAAGACGCAACGCUUGAGCUGCAAGUCAAAACUGUCAAGUACUUCAAGUCAAUCGAGCAGGUCGCCAACUCGCAAGGCUUCGGUCAAGCGCUAGAAUCUCCAGAACUCGUCCUGAAGAAGCGCGAUUCCGUCCUCGAGAAGCUAGACAGCCCGAAGAGUCCGACAGCAUCGAAGGCGUUUCUUGCGCCGCCAAAGCCGAGCUUGGUGCGUCAGAUUACACCCGAACUUGUUCCCGACUCGAUGCAUGAGCGCACCCCAGAUACGCCUACGAUGGGUCUGGAUGGCCUCGAGGCCAAGGAUGUCCCUAUACAAGCCAUGCACGAGCGUGUAAAUACUGCGCCAGCGGCGUAA